AUGACUUUUGCACUACGUAGACGCCCACUGGGCCUAGCCCAUACGUGGAUGAGGGAAGCUUUCGCACCACAACUUUGCCUGCACAGUCGAGUGCUUGCCAGGACGAAUUCGGCACGCACGACAAUGGAUGGCCCUAGAGUGUGGAGUACGGCCUCAGAGAGGACUCCGGGAUUGGCAACUAUAACGGUCAGCAAUCCAACCAAGCUCAACAUCGUGAAUGGAACUAUGCUGCAACAACUUGUUGCGGUCUGCCGAAAGCUGUCCAGCGAAAGUACCUUGCGCGCAGUCGUCCUUACUGGCGCCGUGACGGCGCCUAAUAAACAGGACUCUUUCAUCGGUGGUGCGGAUAUCAAAGAGAUGCAUGCCCUUGCCUCCCCAGACGAAGCCCGAGCGUUCAUAAACUGUGUUCAUUUAGCUUGCCAAGCAUUGCGCGACCUACCGGUGCCGUGUCUAGCACGAGUCAAUGGAUUUGCACUCGGGGCUGGUCUUGAGAUCAUGGCUGCUUGUGACUUGCGAGUCGCGACGAAGAAGAGCGUAUUUGCAAUGCCCGAAGUGAAAGUGGGAAUCCCAAGCGUCGUCGAAGCCAAUCUCCUGCCUUCGCUCAUCGGCAUGGGUCGCACAAGGCGAUUGCUUUAUCUUGCAGAAAACAUUGGAGCAGAAGAAGCCGAGCGAUGGGGCCUGGUCGAAAAAGUUGUUGCUGAUGAAGUGGCUCUCGAUGAAGUGAUCGGCGACUGGGUUUCUACGCUUGUUAGACUUGCCCCCGGCGCCGUCCGUAGCCAGAAGAAGCUGAUGCUGAAAUGGGAGGAUGCAAGUAUUGAGGAGGGCAUCGAAGCUGGAAUCGAAGCAUUCGCUGACGCUUAUGCAGAUGGUGGAAUAGAACCAAAGCAGUACAUGGGCCAGUUCCUAGGGAGGAAACGGUGA